GGAGCUGCUCAGUUGUUGCAGGAAGUUGCGCAGACGACUGGCCAGGCACCAUGGCGCCCCUAGACUUGGAUAAAUAUGCAGAGAUUGCAAAACAGUGUAAAUACCUCCCAGAAAAUGACCUCAAGAGGUUGUGUGACUAUGUGUGUGACCUUCUGCUGGAGGAGUCCAACGUUCAGCCCGUUUCCACUCCUGUGACAGUAUGUGGUGACAUACAUGGACAGUUUUAUGAUCUGUGUGAACUCUUCCGAACUGGUGGCCAGGUUCCAGACACAAACUACAUAUUUAUGGGUGACUUUGUUGACCGAGGAUAUUACAGUUUGGAGACGUUCACCUACCUGUUGGUGCUGAAAGCCAAAUGGCCCGACCGCAUCACACUUCUACGUGGGAACCAUGAGAGCAGACAGAUCACCCAAGUUUACGGCUUUUAUGAUGAGUGCCAGACCAAGUAUGGGAAUGCAAACGCUUGGCGUUACUGCACCAAAGUGUUUGAUAUGUUAACGGUUGCAGCUCUGAUGGACGAGCAGAUCCUGUGUGUCCAUGGAGGCCUCUCCCCAGACAUUAAAACUCUCGAUCAAAUUCGAACCAUUGAGCGGAACCAGGAGAUCCCCCACAAAGGAGCAUUUUGUGAUCUGGUGUGGUCAGACCCUGAAGACGUGGACACCUGGGCCAUCAGCCCCAGAGGAGCUGGCUGGCUCUUUGGUGCAAAGGUCACUAAUGAGUUUGUUCACAUCAACAACCUGAAGCUGAUCUGCAGGGCGCAUCAGCUCGUCCAUGAAGGCUACAAGUUCAUGUUUGAUGAGAAGCUGGUCACAGUGUGGUCAGCACCUAACUACUGCUAUCGCUGCGGCAACAUCGCCUCUAUUAUGGUCUUCAAAGACGCGAACACAAGAGAGCCAAAGCUCUUCAGGGCAGUGCCUGACUCUGAGAGGGUUAUUCCACCACGAACGACAACACCUUAUUUCCUGUAAGCACAUAAAAACCAAAACCAUGCAGCCAUUUGUUCACUGCACAGAUGGUGACUGCGACAGUGGCAUCAGCACUUGUGAACCCAUAUGAAUUUUGUAUUGUACAUUUAGAGUAUUUGCAGUGCAUAUAUUGGUGCCAACUGUUGUUCCCACUUCGGCAUUUAAUGCCAUUAUUCUGCAGCUAAGAUCACACUGAGAUAUUACAGCUAUGUAAGUUGGCUAAACAGUAUGGCUGUGCUGUUGAAGUGUUUGAAGGAAUGAUUGAAACAACACAGAAGUCGGCUAACCCUUGUAAAAUGUUCAUAUUUAUAAAUCUCAAUUUUACUUUACUAUAGAAACUCACUCUGCUGAGCAAAUUGCAGGUGCAGUGUUAUAUACAACAUUUCAUUUAUUUUGUUAUGGUGAUAUGUGAAAGCUAGGUGUAACAUAAUAAAGCACUGCACAAAAGCAAAACAUACAUCUACUCUGACAAAUUUCAGUGGAGGUAUACACUUAGUAUUAUUAUGUAAUCUCAUAAAUAAACAUGUGAAUGCUGAGAAUUGAUGUGUAAAAAAUGACUAUAUCAAAUGUUAGAUUUCUGUACUGUUAAGCCUGUGGUACCGUCAAAGCUUCUCUGAUUUCCAGUUUGAAAUCCGAUCUUGUAAUUAUUAUUUUCCUGAGUGUCGCCAUGCUGUUUUUAAAUAAAGAAAUCCAAAAAUUGGAAAAAAGUAAACAUCAUAACUGGGGCACAAAAACAACACUAUGCUUCAUCAUAAUAGAUAACCUAUAUUAUUGGGUAGGAAACAGCAUUAUCUUAUAACAUCAGCCUAUUCAUGACAUAAAAACAAUGAGAGGAGUUGCUUUUUAUGGUAUUGCAAUCAGAUCAUAUCACUUGAUUUAAAUUCCACUUUUAAAUUUUGAUUUAAUUCCUCUGAAAAAAAAACUAAAGGAAAUUGACAUUUUUAAAGUUUGGAUUGUUAUUUAAGAUAUGAACUUUAACAAAAAACCUCACUUUACAGUGGCACGGUGAAGAGCCUUUACUCUCUGCUAAAACAGCCUCGUCUGUAUUAGAAAAGUACGCAGUUAAAACAGCAAGAGCUAAGAGAACAAUGGCCAAGCAUCAGGGAGGAGAAAACACUGAAUUGGUUAACAAGUGAAGCCUAUUAAGUGUGUAUGGUUGUUUAAAAGAAAUUAAAAAAAAGCAAUAUGGACAAAGAAUUCUAUUAAAAGUCACUAAAAUGGGGAAACUCAUCUGUGAUGAUAUACUCACAGACUCAAAAUUGAUCCAAAUUGCUCGUUUUAAACAAACUUCCUGCAGUUGUUGCAUUCACUAUUUCCCUUUUUCCACCAAAUAAGUUCUGGUUCUUAAACCAGUUGUAAUCAGGAUUCUUGGAACCUUGGUGCUAUCUAGUGAACCAGCCCGUGUUUUCAACAGUUUUGAGCAGAACCAGAAUAAACAAGGAUGUGUCAUUAACAGAGAGGAUUGCACAAUACACAGUGGAAGUAAACAGUAAAAGGAAGAUGCUGGAUUGCACUGAUUACCUGAGAGCUUUUGUUGUGUUAUUACAGAUAUUAGUUUUUACCCAAAAAGACAAGCAUGGACCAGCUGUUAAUGAUAAGAAGACCUAGAAGACUAUUAUAUACGAGACUCUUUCCAAGCUGUAGAAUAUUACUGGCCCACUGAUGUCGUCAGGGUUCACACUUAAUUUAGUUAAUUUAGAUGGUGUUCCCCUGUAAUGUGUUAUGUUGUUGUUUGAGCAAUAUCCCAAUAUAAUGAUAGAGUAUAACAGAAAAUUCACAGGUUCUUUUGUGAAGAAGUGCUGGAUUUCACCUAAUUGAUAUGAGCAAGGAUGGAAAAGCAGUCAGUCAUUUCCAUUCAUAUUUUCAAAGGCAGCUUUCUUUUCAGGUUCUGAAGUUGCCUCAUAUGUGUUUGUGGUUUUAGCUCUGCAAUAAGAAAACAAACACAUUAACAAUAAACCAAAACAUCAACAAAUACUAUGUAAUGAUAAUGUAAGUCAAAGCAUUAAAGGAAAUGAACUAGCUAUUCAACAGCACAAAUGUUAGGAAGUGGGGACAGGAAUAUAUGCAUCAAAAUAGGGAAUAACCUCCAUAGGCAGGUGGAAUGUAACUAAGUAUAUUUAUUUAAGUACUAUUUGAGGCACUUAUACUUUGAGAUUUCCAUUUCAUGCUACUUUGUACUUUUCCUUCUCUACACUUUGAAGGCAAAUAUUCGAUCGAUUCGAAAUGAGUUAAUUAAAUUGUGAUUUUAUUAUGGAUUAAACUACUGAGCAGUAUAUAAUGUCAUUAAAAUGGGCUCCACCUCUACCAGCAUCACUAUCAAUACAUCACUAUUAAUACAAAAAACUGUUUGAAGGAGAUUUUCCCUCACAUGCAAUUAGUUUGGGACAGGAAAGGCAGGAAUUUCACUUGUCCAAGCCACUGCUGCAUGAAGCAUUUCUCAGACAUUGAUAUUUGUUGUUUGACCUCUCUACUAAAAAAGGACAUGAAUAAAAAGAAAAGGCAAAUACAUUAAA